AUGUGUAGCAACAGACGACAGUGUAUUAAAAUGAACUAUAUUUGUGAUGGCGUUAAAGAUUGCAGUGAUUCUUCGGACGAAAGAUUUUGUAGUAAGUACAGGUGUAUGAAUAGUAGAAGCUUCAUUGAAACAGAAAGCUUUAACAGAGUACAACAAUGCUCUGAUCGUGAAUAUCAAUGCGAAGAUAACAGCGGUUGCUUUAGGUUAAAUCGGGUUUGUGAUAGUAAUAUUGACUGCCGAGAUGGCUCUGAUGAAAAGGAUUGUGGUAAAUCUUGUCCUUCUACUCAGUUUAGCUGUUCUGAUGGGAAAACGUGUAUUGCUCGAUCCUUAGUAUGUAAUCGGCAACGUAAUUGUCCCGAUGGAUCAGAUGAAAGAGACUGCUCAAUUAGUCAGCGACGAUGUGGUAGCAAAGAAUUUGCUUGUCUAGAUGGCAGCGGCUGCAUUGCAAAAUGGCGUAUCUGCAACGGGGAACAGGAUUGCAAUGAUGGAUCAGAUGAAUAUAGCUGCUCAAGAAAUCGUUGUGGUAUUAGCCGCUUUAAGUGCAAGGGUAACGAUCAAUGUGUGUCUUCCUUUCAAGUUUGUGAUAAAAUCCGUGACUGUGUUGAUGGGUCCGACGAAUCUCAAUGUGCUGAUCGAAAAGAAUGUGGGGAUCGAUUUUCGUGCUUUAAUGGCAGAGAAUGUAUUGUUAAUGAAAAGAAAUGUGAUGGUUAUCCUGAUUGUUCUGAUUCAUCCGACGAGCUCAACUGUGGUGAACAGUUUGAAUGUCUAAUCACCAUACAAUGCAUCGAUAAAGAUAAAGUUUGCGAUAAUAAUGAUGACUGUGCCGAUGGCAGCGACGAAUUUGGAUGUUCUAGUAACGCUAUUAAAUCAAUUUCUCGCGUGUAG